AUGGUUGCAAAAGAGUCUUUGACACCAAUCGGUACCGAAGUGGAGUCGAUUUUGGUGGCCGUUGUAUUGUUUUUGGCUUGUGGUAUUUUGAUGUUCUGUUGUUGUUUUGUGGUGACACAAAUCUAUGUUUGUUUCAAGCGAGCACGAUUGAGGAAGAAACGCCGAAUGCUGGGCGAAGAGGAGGACGACGACGAUGUCUACCCGCUAUCGGUUCUGCAAUCCGACAAUGCACUGCCGCAGUUCGAUAAUCACUCUGUCUAA